GUUUACAAGUACUUUGUUGUAUUGAAUUUUCUACUGUAGUAUAGAUGUUCUCUCAUCUGAACGUGUUUACUUUAAUAACAAUACCUAUUGUUACUUUUUAGGAAUGUAUUACGACGGAAACAAACGCGAUAUGGAAUAUAUGAUAAUUAACGAGGAUGGAUCAUCUGUGAGAACUUUUCACAAUUACACUAGUUGUCAUAAUAUUAGUUAUCCAAAACCUAUAAACAUGAUGGUCCGAUCAUUAAACCACACGGCUAAGUUCAAGGUUUCUGGACUAUCGCUGAACGAACGACUAUCCGAUAUAACGGGAUUGCGAUUGGUUUACGAUACACUGUCGCGAAUAAGUUGGGCCAAUCAGGUGCCUUUGCCAUGGCUGAAUUUGAAUGUCAAACAAUUGUUCUACCUUGCAUUUGCUCAGACACAUUGUACAAAACUGCCGUUGACGUCCUUCUACAGUCCGGACUAUCACAUACCAAGCCGCAUGCGAAUUUUCGUAUCGGCCUCGAGAGAACCACUUCUUGGCAAUGCUUGGUCCUGUAUGCCCGACACGAACGUUGUUCCAGCAGAUACUUGUCCAGUUUUUCCAAAGUUACUUAGUGGAUGACGCAAACUCCGAGCCAACAAGAUUUGCGGAGAAAACGUUGAGGCACAUUUCCUCCACGUCACGCGAAAGGAACACAAGAAGAUGGACCUCGCAUUCCUUAACAUAAUAAUAAUUAUCCGCGAACUUGCCAACUUUUACCCGUAUGUUAUC